UCUGGUAGGCGUAUAUGCACGCCAGAGAUGAAAUUAAGAAGAGAAACGAAACAGUAGUACCGAAAGAAUCGGGAAAGGAAAUAAGGAAGUGCAGAGAAGUCAAGGAGUCGCGUGCAUCAACGGGCACGAAACGAGCUCCGCAGGUAACCGGAUGCGCAGUAUCGCCGCGCGAACAAGGGAUCGAACAGGUCGAUCCAGAACAAGAAUUGGAAAGCGCCACUACGACGCUAGAAAAAAUGACCCGUCCAAAAACAACGAGGCCCGGAAUGCGGGAGGAGUUGUCGAUGACCGAUGAGGGACGAAAGUGCAUCCCCUCGGUCAACAGGAGCCCAGAAAUUGAAGUGAAUCGAUUGGAGGCAAAGAUUAAUUUAGGAAAGGGAGAUACUUCCCUACAACAGGAUGAUCAGUCAUUAACGGUUCCCAGGCUCGCGGGAACCGAGGAAGCAAUGUCUGUAGCAGGAGCUACGACAGAAGGACAGAGGAAUUUCCCAGUCGAGACACAGGGUCUCGCCGAGGUAGUAACGGAGAAGUUAGAAGACCAGAAUGUACCGGGACCUACUGCUACGUCGGGCGCUGUUCGAAAAAGGGUUGGACGGGGCACGCAGUCACAUGUCGAUAAUGCGGAAUCCAUGAGAGGACAGCAACCCCCAGGUGGGCUCCCCAUACAGGAGCAUGGAACUGGAACCUCCCUGCCGAAAAUAGGGUGGCACACAACCUACAGGCUGCCCCAAUGGAGGAGAGAGGAUGAUCAGCGCUUCACAUGGAAGCUUCCUCAGAUGAAGAUCGAGAUGUCUCCGUCGUGUGAAGAGGAUACGCCGAGGGAUGAUUGCGUGCGGAUGUGUGAAAGAGUGAAUGAGUAUGUUUGAUGGCCACAAGCAUAGAGACAUGCUUGUCGCCUGAGAGGAAGGGGGGAUAAUAUGUAACCGUACAAAUUUCCCGGUUGUACCGGUUACAUAUGUCCUCGCGUAGGAAUGUUCUAGAAGGUCCGAGGACCUUACGCAGGCGCAGGUUCCGCCGGUUACGUAACCAGAGGAUCGACGAUCGAUCCUGUAACCGACGGAUCACUCCUAAUUGUGACUCCGAAUUAGUAUACCGAGGCAGUAACAUUGUGCAAGCAUAGAGAGCGGAAUUUGAGAAGGUUUUGUCCGAAGCUAUAGAAACUCGGGUAUCGCGUAGAUGAUUGUGAAUAUUGCGUUUCGGAGCUAUAAAUAAAUUCCCAGUUCUUAGGACGAGUGGAGAGGUGCGUGUGUGUCCACCGCGAAUGUGAGAAUUAUUAUCCAAAGGCGUGUGACUGGUAUGGAGGAAUGCUUACGCCAUUGAUUCGUGAGUCGAUCCAGCAAUAAUUUGUAUAUUUGUAAUUGCGAGCACGUACCUAGCUGUUGUUUAUUCAAAUAGCCACUCGUCUGGCACGGUACCGCGGUACUAUUUCUCUUUGUGAUAUUAGCCGUGUCUAGUCAAGAAUUGAUAUUUGUUAAUAAGACUGUUCCCUAUUCAAUAGCUUGAAAUAUAUUUGUCAUAUACUUGUUUCAUUUAACGAACUUCUGAUUACCCCUCAAUUACGAGUCCUCCUCCUCCCAAGGAGACGCGAACUCUUUCCUCCCGAAUACCCCAGUACGGUGUUCGGUUAUAAUACAAUACAUAAAAUAACACAUUCUAUUCACUAGUCAUCUAAAAAAUAA